GUGAUGUUAUGUAGUUAUGUUAUAAGUCAUUGUCCGGAGCAUGAUAACAGGAAAAUGGUCAACCGACAUGAGUACAUGAUUCGUCCAAGGAAGUUUUAGCAACAAGUUGAAAGAGAGGCAGUUUUUUAUGGAGCUCUCAUGAGACUUCAGCGGAACUGGAAGGUCAAGCGGCAACGUGGAGUGGCAGCUGGUCCAGGUGGCAGUGCAGAGUUCUCUAUUGGUGAAUGAUACAGGGCGUUUGUCAGCUACUAGUAAGGAGGGGAAGACUGAUGCGACGGUCUUGCCAGAAGCAUCUGAGCCGGGGGAGAGGGGCGUUGGACCAGGUGUAGACAGGGGCGCCACAAGAACUUAAGCUGUGCUUCGGCAAAUUCAGACUGCUAACUUUGAUGCUCAGGUGUGUGAUACUUGUCUGGUUGGAGAAUCACAUGUCAGAUUUAUAUAGGUGUCAGCUCCAAUCAGGCUUGUAUAGUUGUUGAGGUGUCAGUGUACCUGAGACGGCUGUUAAGGACUUUUCUUAACAGCCCUUAACAGAGCUGGAAAUACCAUGUCUAACAGAGCUAUCUUUGAUGAAGUGUUUAAUUUACAAUGGUUGGCCUCUAUUCUACAUUUAAGUCCUUAUACUAUGUGGACCGUAGUAUUUACAAGAGGCCACCCCAGUACUUUUAAAAUUAAUCACUCAACUUUGUUAAAAGCAAUUUAAAUUUUGUCUUCAGAAGCAGGUCAAGCGGCUGAUCAAUAUUGGAUACUUCUUCGCGAAGAACCUCUCCAAGUAUACUUUUUGAGCUUUGAUGUUGUGAUCAUGCUAAUGUUGAGAUUGCUCGAUUCUGUUCUCAUCUAUUCUCGUAGCUUCGAUGGGGGUUUAUUGAUGAAUUUUCAAUGAAUGUAGGUUCAUGGAGUUCCAGAGCUCCGGUUUUUAUUACAUCCCACAUGGCACGCUCAGGUCUGCCAUCUGGAAAUGGUAAGAGACUGACUUCAACAGCCUGUACUUUGUCAGAGCUCUCACCCUUCCUCCUCUUUCAGAUGGCAGCCCAUUUGGUGGCCUGGCUGCAUGCUGAAGCAUCAGGCAUGGGUGUGGAAGCUCGCCUCAAUUCUCUUACAUUUGAACUGGAUAACUUUGAGGAUGUUUCUCUUGUUGCGUCUCCAGCAGUUAAAUCCCACACUAUAAAUUGGUCAUUGAGGCUAUCAGGCAGCAGAACAGAAGAUUCAGAUGCUACAUCACGGUUUCUGGGUGCAUUGGCGUUACAGACACUUAGGGCUAGUGUUAUUGAUCUUGUGAAUGAGAAGUUGGAUGUAAAACCUGCUGGUGACGCUUCUCUAUGCGGCGAAGGUUUUUCUGGAGCCUAAUAAAUUUGAUCGUCAUGCAGGCGCUUGAUUGAAAAUUUCGAACUUCCUGAAUGUGAUAUGGUGCCAUAAUGUAUUAGAGAAGGUUUGGAAUCACUAUCUGGGUGGUCCACUAACAAAUGGCUGUCUCACUUGCAGAAAGAGCUUGAUGUACCAGUGGAUGGCUUUCAAGUAUACACACUUUAUCAUGUCAAAUACAUGAGAGCGGUUCUUUUCCAAUGCAAUUCUGAACGUUCAACGUUCCUGCAUUUGUGCAUUACCCUGAAACUCAUUAUACAAAGGCAAUAUAAUCAGUGAAGUAAA